AUGUCUCUCCCACAACGGACAGAUUCGACAGACUCGUCGGCGGACGCCAUACGGAAACGAGUCUGCAAAGCUUGCGACAGAUGCCGACUCAAGAAGAGCAAAUGCGAUGGCUCGAAUCCUUGCAACAGAUGUAAGACAGACAACGCCAUCUGCGUGUUUGGCGAGAGAAAGAAGUCCCACGACAAAGUCUACCCCAAAGGAUAUGUGGAGAUGCUUGAACAGCAACAAGGACAACUAGUCACAGGCUUGCAAGACAUGUACCGGCGGUUACUCAGCGGUGAGCCGUGGCCCGGCAAGCAGCUCUCUGAAGCCAACGGCCAACCCCUCACCCACGACAUCUUGGCCGGAUUGGGUCUACUGGAAGCAAGAAACGAUGGAAGCGGGGAGUUCGAGCCCUUCGAGGAGGACUUCGACAAGAUACAAUCCAGGCUCCUCGCGGGCGGCGCGGACUACGUCCACAGGAGAGGCUCUUUUAGCUCUGAUUCGGAUCGAAGUCAACAUACCUACGGCAAAUCAACGGCUCAAAGUACUCCGCCCGUGACCAAAGCUCCCGUCUUCGACAAGAACUUCACCCUCAGCGCAUCACCCUCGCCCGCACAAAGUCCGGCUCCGCGACAGAGGAGGUCACAUCCGCCGGCGCUGCAAUCGCUCCUUCACAGCGCUCCACCUCUGACCAACGACGGCCCCAUGUUCCAGUCCGAGUGGUACAGCGAGCCAAAGAACAUGACGCGCUCGAACUUUGGAGUUAAGACCCCGCAGUUGGACCAGAACGUGGACCAGAUGAACGACAUGUUUGGCAACCCUCAAUGGGACGACUCCCUUGCACCUUACGAGCUCAACAUGGGGGUGAAUGGUUUCCCGGAGCAAAACUCGAGCUUCUUUGGCCAAUAUCAACCCAUUCCCGACUACACUUCGCUGGCGUCAAUGGACCUUGAUCCGGACUUCAACCAGUUCAUACAGGUGGCGACCUAG